AUGAUCACCGAAGGCGUUCAGCUAACCUGUCAAAGCAGCUAUCCGUACUCGGCUGGAGGAGGAGGUGGGCUGAAGUGAGCAGAAACAAGGUCUAGCAGACUGUUUGUCUUACAGUUUAUUCUAAAGCUCGGUGAAAGUUUAAAUCCCCUAAAUAUACUGCUGCAGGUCUGACUCUGCUGCACAUUAUUUAAAGAGAAGCAGUUUUACUUUGUUCCAGUAGAGCAACAACUUAACGCGUACAGUGCUGGUCUGAAGGGUUUUUUUCAUCGAGCAUACAGCAAAGAUUUGAGUUGUGGGAAAUCUUGAACACUCCUCAUAGCAUCAUGUCUGAGUUGAGCGGGAGGGUCCAGACCGUGCUGGGUUUAGUAGAUCCAGACCAGCUUGGCCGUACUAUGACCCACGAGCACCUGACCAUGAGCUUCGAGUGCUGCUUCUCGCCCCCUCCCCCAGGAGACGAGGCAGUGGCAGAGAACCCGUUUCAGAUGCAGCACAUGUUCUGGCUCAGGCAAAACCCGUACAGCUCCCCCGAGAACCUGCUCCUGAAGCAGGAGACCGCCGCUGUGCGGGACGAGCUGCUGGCCUACAGGAGAGCCGGCGGGGGAACGAUAGUGGAGAACACCACCACUGGAAUCGAACGGGACCUUCCCACCCUCCGACAGCUGGCCAAGGACACCGGGGUCCACAUCAUUGCAGGUGCAGGGUACUACGUGGACUGCACCCACUCUGAGGCCACCAAAGGAAUGAGUGUGGAGAAGCUUACAGACAUCAUCAUCAGUGAGGUCCUUCACGGCGCUGACGGCACAGACAUCCGUUGCGGUGUGAUCGGUGAGAUCGGCACCAGCUGGCCCAUCACGGAGAGCGAGACUAAGGUGCUGCGAGCCUCGGCGCACGCUCAGGCUCAGCUGGGCUGUCCUGUUAUCAUCCAUCCUGGCAGGGAUCACGCCGCUCCAGCUGAGAUCGUUCGGAUACUCCAGGAGGCCGGGGGUGACAUCAGCAAAACUGUUAUGUCUCACCUAGACAGGACGAUAUUGGAUGAAGGUGAGCUGCUGGAGUUUGCUAAGUUGGGGAGUUACCUGGAGUAUGAUCUGUUUGGAACUGAGAUGCUGAACUAUCCGUACAACCUGGACGUGGACAUGCCCAGCGACAGCCAGAGAGUGAAAGCCCUGGCGUUUCUGGUGAAGGAGGGCUAUGAGGACAAGAUCGUGAUCGCUCAUGACAUCCACACCAAGAACCGCCUGACCAAGUACGGCGGCCACGGCUACUCUCACAUCCUGAAGAACAUCGUGCCAAAGAUGCUGACGAGGGGCAUAUCGCAGCACCAGGUGGACAAGAUCCUUAUCGACAAUCCUAAAUGCUGGUUGACCUUCAAAUAAUUAAAAAAAUAGAGGCGCGAGGAGGGCGAAUUCACCCGGCUAUUAUUCGUCUUCUGAUGACGACUCGUAAUGAAUACUGAUCACGAUCCGGAGUCAUGCAUUAAUGUGUUCUUGGGCUCAUAUAGCAACGGGCUUGCCACCGUUGUAUGUCAAUUUUUCUUUAAUUUCACCAUUUUCAGCAAAACAAAACGUCCAUUAUAUUUCAAAGGAAAAUAAUUACAGGCUUUUGGAUUUUUGUAGAGGCUCUUUUAGUGCAAAACAUGUUCUCUUUGUUUAAAUAUUUGUGAUUAUACAUGAUUCACUUUGUAAGCAAAUUAAUAAAGGAGGCCUUGCAGGGUCACGGUGCCUGUUAUGGCACGAGAAAAUCUUUUGCUCGUCAGUAGAAGUGUGAUUGCAAUCCAAGAUAAAUAUUUCCAGGUGCUCACAAACACGGUGCUAAUUGAUUUUUUUCAAUUUUUUUUAUUGUUAUUUGUAAUUUCAAUGUCAUAGCUGCUCUCUUUGUAUUCGUAGGCGACACUUAUGCAAACACGUUAUAUGGAAGGGAAAUAAUGAGCGCAUUACUAAUCAGUAUGCUGCUCUGCUCUUGACACAAUGUGGCUGUGUUAGAUGAGUUGUCCUGUUGCCCCUCGGUGGGUGUCUGCGUGUCUAUGGGAGGCUGACUGGCUGGCAGGCCCGGAUGAAGGACAUGUUCUCCUCUCAUCUGGGAACAGGUGGCCUCGCAGGGUGACUUCGCCACAUGAUCAAUGGCGCGAUCGCCACAGCUGACUGUGCGGCGUGAACAACCAUCUAACUUUGAUUAAUCUUCUGAGGAGGAUUACAAAGUGAGCGUGAGGAUUUAAUACCGCACUACAUUUUACAUCUGAAUUGACAGUGGACUCUGGAGGAGUUUAAUAAUCAGCAAGCAGAUUGAUGAGCGUUAUAUAACAUUUCUGUCAGCGGUGGCUGUCCAGUUUUGUGACUAACCACCAGACCACCAUGUUGUCUCAACCAGAUGCCAUGUUGACACACGCAAGAAAAACGAGUUACACUGAUGAAUUCGUGCAUCAGUACGAAUGGCCCUUUACAGUUUUUUCUUGUCAAGUCUCUUAAUGUUGCACAGUGUUAAAACGUCAUUUUGAUUAAACAUGCAUAACUACAGCUUUUCAACAUUUUCAUCCAAAUUUCACCCACUGUGACUCUUUUUUUGCCUUUAAAUAAAGCACACAAAUGGUUUAACA